AUGGCGACAUCGAAUGAAUUGAUUAACAAACUUUCAGGAGAGUUAAUUAAAACAUUUUCAAUUUCGGAUGGAAUUUACACUCCUUCUGAAAAAGUUUCAUCAAUUGACUCUAACAUUUGGACAAAAGGAAGCAAUUCAGAUCAGAAUCCAAAUGACCAAACAAUUGAUCUUUUCAAUAUUCUUGUUGUUCCUUCAACAGUUAAGUACAUGGAUGGAUCAUAUUUGUCACAAGCAAAUGUUUAUACUGCUUGUUUUAAUAUAACUGAUUUCAGUGCAAUUCCUUCAUCAGCAAAAGUUGUUUAUACAUCAUUUUAUGCUGAUUCGAAAUAUAAAAUUGGAGAUUGCGGAUACGAUCUUCCUUUCGAAAAAUCUCCAAAUAGAAUGAAAGUUCUUAAGAUAUUGGAAUGCCUUGAAGAUGAAAUUGAAGAAAACACAGAUGUAAAUACAACAAAUACUACAACUCCUCAGCCGGAUAAUCAAGGAAAUAAUGAAGCUUCGAAGAAACUAAAUGGAACAGAAACAGGCUUGAUUGUUGUUGUAGCUAUACUGGCUGUAGCAUUGAUUGUUUUGCUUGUUGUUUACUUCGUUUUCUUGAGAGAAAAGAAAGUCAAAGCGAGAAUGCCUGUUCAAACUUUGAAUUCUACGAAUAACCAAGAAAAUAACCCUGACCAAGUCGAUCCUGGUGAACCAAAACAGGGCGAACAACAGAAAAAGCAGGAUGACGUCAACAUUGAACUUAACAAUGAUGACGAACAAGUCCCACUUCCUUAA